AUCCUCUUUCACCCCUCACCUACUUUUAUUACUUCGGAGUGCACCCAUCAUCCAUCGUGCUGUUUGUUCAGCCUGCAGUUUGGAAGGCCUUUUUUCACUUUAAUUUUCUGUAUUCAUCCACAGUGCAUGACCUAAAUCAUGGGGCUUUUUUACUAUAUAUUUUUUUAAAUCAGCCUUUCUGUCUUAGGCUGUUGAAACUGAUGCUGCCCCCACAGUUUCAUGUUUUCUCUCACAUUGAGAGUUGCAGAUUUCAUCGCUCACUCUGAAAAUCCAUACAAAACACCUGGGCUGCUAUAAUUUUUAUGAGCCAUCACUUUGAAUAUGUUCUUAUCACCACGCCUUUUUUUCUUCAACCAUAUCAAGCAAAUGUAUUGUUCAUCCUUAUGAGAACCUCCCCAUUUUAGACCUAUACAGUCUGCCCACCUAAUUAUACACCCCUGCUUGCCUCCUUCCUCUCACAAUAGUGUUCCCUGCUGUUUGCUAGAUCUUUAAUUUGUGUGUAUAUCUUCUAUAUUUUAUUCACAGAGCCAUGUUUGAAGUUAAUAUGAAAGAACGAGAUGAUGGCAAUGUUACUAUUAGUAAUCUAUCACCCAAGGCAGUGAAAGCUUUUCUUGAUUACGCUUACACAGGAAAAACAGAGAUAACAAAUGAUAAUGUGGAAAUGCUCUUCCAGCUGUCGUCAUUUCUUCAAGUUUCACUCCUUUCCAAAGCUUGCAGUGACUUUCUAAUAAAAAGUAUUGAUCUUGUGAAUUGCUUACAGUUGCUUUCUCUAUCAGAAAGUUACGGUUCUGUUCGCUUAUUUGAUCAUGCACUAGAUUUUGUACAGCACCACUUUUCCUUGCUGCUCAGAUCGAGUGAUUUUUUGGAGAUUAACUUUGAGAUAUUACAAAAAUGUCUUGAGGCUGACGAACUAAAUGUCCCUGAGGAAGAAUCAGUGUUGAAAGCUGUUCUUCAGUGGACCAAACACAACUUAGAAACACGACAGAAAUAUCUGCCUAAUUUGAUUAAAAAAGUGAGACUACACCAGUUACCUGAAAAAACUUUGCAGGACUUUCUACAUUCUGAAGAACACUUACUUAAGAGUGCUAAUUGCUCAGUAAUAAUCAAUGAUGCAGUUAAAAGUGUGCAAAACUUUAGUGGACUGUUUCCAGAUGCACGUCCUUCAACAACAGAAAAAUACAUAUUUGUUCAUAAAACUGAUGAAGAUGGAGAAAACAGACAUACAUUCUGCUACAACAUCAAAACAGAUAAAUGGAAAGAACUACCACAUACGCACAUGAUUGAUCUUCCAGGGUCAAGUUUAUCUAGCUAUGGAGAAAAAAUAUUUAUAACUGGAGGAUGCAAAGGGAAUUGUUAUAGGACUGUGAGGCUUCAUAUUGCUGAACCAUUUCAUGAUGCCACUGACCAAACCUGGUGCUACUGUCCAGUCAGCAAUGAAUUCUCCAUAGUGUCAGCUAUGAAAAAACCAAGGACAAUGCACACAUCUGUUGUAACCUUAAAUCAGCUGUUUGUAAUAGGUGGAAAGACCAGAGGAGCUCAAGAAACUCGGAGUCUUUUGGAUGUAGAAUCUUACAAUCCUCUUUCCAGAGAUUGGAAAUCUGUAAGCCAGUUACCAAGAGGUAUCUACUAUCCAGAAGCAAGUGCAUGUCAGAAUAUAAUUUAUGUCCUUGGCUCAGAAGUAGAGAUUACUGAUGCUUUUAAUCCAUCUCUUGACUGUUUCUUUAAGUAUAAUGCUAUGACUGAUCAGUGGUCUGAGCUUGUAGCAGAAUUUGGGCAGUUUUUCCAUGCAACUCUAAUCAAAGCCGUUCCAGUGAACUGUACGUUGUACAUAUGUGAUCUCUCCACCUACAAGGUCUACAGCUUUUGCCCAGAAACCUGUGUUUGGAAAGGGGAGGGAUCUUUUGAAUGCGCUGGCUUUAAUGCAGGGGCAGUUGGGACAGAAGACAAAAUCUAUAUAUUAGGUGGUGAUUACGCUCCAGAAGAAAUCACAGACGAAGUUCAAGUCUACCACAGUAGUAGGUCUGAGUGGGAAGAAGUUUCUCCAAUGCCAAGAGCCUUAACUGAGUUUUACUGUCAGGUCAUUCAGUUUAAUAAAUAUAGGGACCCCUGGUCAUCUGCACUGACAAUUUGCUCUGGAGAAUUUUGAAAUUCCCGAGUCAAAAUUAUCUAUUUAAAUGCACAAGUUUUAGAACAGAUUUUUAGGUAUUAAUUUACAGAUGGAAAAAUAUGUACUGUUUUGUUUAAUUCUUCAGCUUAAAUUGUAUGCUAUAGAAUUGCUUUUGGAAGAGUCCAUUGUCAUUCAUUAUAGUCAUUAUAUAGAAAGUAUUACUUAAUUUUAUAUGCAAGCCUUCUCUGUAAUUAUCUGAAUAAUUUGCAAAAUGAUACUACUUUUCAAAAAAGCAUAGUCAUGAGGAAUUCAUUGUGUAAUAUAUGCCAUUAUUUCUGUAAUAUUCACAGUUGUCCUGGUAGACAAAUUGAUGAGUGAGAAAACUGACUGUGAUACUGUUUUCCCUAUGUAACUGAAGUUUAAAAGAGAUCUAUAUUAUGUUAUUUAGGUUUUUUAUAUUCACAAGCCUGUAAGAGGAAUUAAUUGACAGCUUUAUCUUAUUAGAAUGACCUUAGCAAGGGCAAGAGCCAAAGUGACCUUCACAGCAUUAAAACCAGGUAUCUUGAAGAGACUGAUAAUUCAUAUCAUCUUACUUCAGCUCUUCAGUUUUACCAUUUUUUCUCCAUCCUUGUGCCUUAGUAGUAGCUGUACUUUCUGUUUUCAUCCCAUUAAGUGUGGUAAGGUAAACUUUGAUAACAUAUUGCAGAGUGGGCAAGAUUUCUACAGAAUGGAUGAUUCAUGUGGUAUCUUUGCUUCAGUCAUGCUGUUAACUAAAGAAAAAACACUUCAGGAUGUUUUCUAAUAGAAGUCUUCCAUCUCUGAAGUCUCCAGUGCUACCUACUAAGCAGCCACACUUGCUUAGAGCAGCAAGCUGUAAAAUUUUAGUUGUUGCUUUAGUUAACUAUGGGAAAAAUUCCUAUCGUCAUACAUCAAAUACAAAGUUUCAAAAAUAAAUCCCUAUAUUUAAAGUAAAAGUAAAUAGUAUUUCUGAGGUGAAAGAUAUUUUUUUUAAACUUCUAUAGUGGUUUAAAUGAAUUAAAACACUUUGGAUUGUACAUCAUGGUAAUUUUAGCUGUUAAAAUAUUACAUAGAAAACACUACACAAUAUACUGCUUGAUAAACUUUCAGUAGUCAUCUAUUAUAAUGUUAAAAUCAUAAUGGAAUUUUAGAAUUAAUAUUAGUCUAGGCAUACAUUGUGAAGUACAUUUGAUCUCAUGCAUACAAAGUGGGACCUGUGUCUGACAGAAGGACACUAAAAUUAGCUAGGUUUCAUAAAUCAUUUGUAAUCCUCCACAGCCUGAGAAUUUUCUUACCAGUUAUUUCCAUAAGAUAUUGAGAGUCCUUAACGUUCCAUGUAAGUAUCUUUUAAGCGGUAAGGUUGUCUUAUGCCAGACAGAAUGGUUCUAAACAUCUAAGCACAUAUUUUCCAAACAGUUUAAAGAUGACCAAAUUUAGUGAGACAUCUAAAACAUCUUUCCUAUGGCUUGAGACAACCGUGGUAAGUUCAUUAUGACAUCACUACUGCAUGUACUUUUUGCAAAACUCAAGCUCAGUAUUAAUGCUUAAAGCUUAAUAUUGCCUAGCAACAUACUUCUGUUUUAAACAGUAAACAAUGUAAUGUUCCAACUCUGUGACUGACUCUAUAAUUUGUUACCUUUAUCCAUUUAGAUAACAUUAAUCAUAAAUAUUUUCAUAAGGAUGUAAAUGAAAAUUACACACAUUUGGAGAACAUACUAAUGGAGUGGAACCCUCCCACUCAAUUUAAUUUAUUUGUAUUAAGAUGUGUGUCAGUUCUGUAAAAUUAAAUAGCUUGUUGUUACAGUAUUUCAGGCAACUUCCACAUUUAAUUUGCUCUUUUCAUAGUGAGUCUCCAAAUCGUAUUAUAACUACACUUAGCUAGGUAACCUUUACAAUCACCAUAUUGAAAUACAAGCAGUUUUAUACUGGAACACAACUACUUUUUGUUAGUGCAACAUAAAUGUAUUGAAUAGUUUAGGAGAGAUGGAAAAUACUAUUCCCACUUAUUGAAAUAGUGGGGAAAAAUAGACCUAUAGAACAGUAGUUUUAGCAUUAAUAAAUUACUCAAGGUAGCAUAGAGACUUCAUUAACCAUUAAUUAUUGCCACUUGUCACUUCAUUGGAAUACAAGGCCCAAUUCUUUGCUUGUGUUUUUGUCUUGUUUUUCUACCUGAGUAAUGUCAGUAUGCAAUUUAUGCAAUGAGAAAAUUAACAUAUUAUGCCCAUAGUACAUGGGUAUAAAUAGCUAUGCAAAUUGGAAGAGACUAGAGAAUUGCGAGGGUUUUUUAAUUGCCACUGUCAUGACCAAAUUGCUGGAUCACAUAAACAGCAAGUCAGCCAGUAAUUCAGGUGAUGCUCUUUCCUCUAAGUUUUUCCUUACAGCAAAUUUUUUGGGGCAGUCUUCCAUACAGCUAUUUGCUCUAUGUAUAAGGCUUUGGCAUAUGAAAUCAGCGCGAUGACAUACGUGGUAAAUUACUCAGUAUAUAUAGUAAAAACUGAAUUAAGCUGAACGGGAAAACAGACAUGUUACUUUACUAUUCUAUGCUACAUUUGCACAGGAACUAAAGUCAGUUCCCAGUUUGACAAAUCAUUCAUGGAUUUCAAAUGGAGUUGAGCUCUCUUACUCAGCAGUCAGGAAAUGAUGUCAUAGUGUCAGUUACUUUAUACCAUUGCUUACAGUGAAGAUACUGUAAAAUAGUAUUAAUUUUCUUCAGUUAUUUAGGUAAGCCUGUAUUACAACUCUCACAGAAGAAAAAAUCAUCUGCCAGAAUUCUGCAUACAGAGAGUUAAAUCUGAUAGCAGAAUUGAGUACAUAAGAAGCUGUGUUAGAAAGUCAUGGUUAAAAACAAAGGUUUAUGAUAAAAUUAGAGGCCUGUGUUGCAAAUCCUGUGAUUAAUUGCUAAUAAUGUAAGAAAUCUCAGCAAAAUCAACUACACUACUCAGAAGAAUAUGGAUUACUUGCAUGAGUAACUGCUGUAGGUUUGGAUCAAUUAGAUUUUUCAGUCUACGCAGCUGUUAUGCAAUUUUUAAAAAGUAACAAAAUUGGUGCAAAGCAAGCUUUUCUACAUCUUUUCUCACUUUUCAAAGCUCACAAUAGUUUAUGAAAAAGUACCUUCCUCUAAAAAUAGUCAAUGACUAGAUUAAUGAUUACCUAUGUUCUCACUGAAAUAUAGUAAGAUGUUUAAAACAUACAAAUUGCAUGUAAAGUUAUAUUCUAUUUGCACUUAAAUGAUGUAACCAAAACAUUUCUAAGAGUAUUCUAUUACAUGUCACAGAACACAUUAUAAGCAUGACCAGUAUAAUAUACAAGAAGAUAAUAUAUAUUGUAUGUGGGAUUUUAAUAUCCACUAAUGAUUAUAUUGGAUAAUAUUAAUUUUUAAAGAAUGCUAUCAAAACAUUAUGGCACUUUGGUAAUGUUAUCAAAGUGGUUUAGUUGUUAUAAUAAAUAUCUAUUAUUCAGGUGUUUAUAUUGAUUAUGUUUGCACAGACCUGAUGAUUACUAUAUUAUUUAUGUACUAAUGAAUUUAUUUUCUAUAUUCUAAAUACAUUUGUAGUAAGUCAGUUUACUGAUGUUAAAAAUUCAUCAUACUCAAAAAAUGGAGAAGAUUUACUGGGUCAGAUUUAUUUCUGGUAUUACUUCAUGAAGCAAGCUGUAUACCUCCUCAGAUUAGUAGAAAUAGUAGGUAAGGUAUAGGCUAUAGAAUGUGCUGUCCUCAGUUUGUAACGUGAGUCUAAUUUUAGAUGUUUGUUUGUAGGUGACCAACAGGAGGCAGCAUAAGAUCUGUUUUAAUUAAACCAGACUGACACCAGGGAUACAUUUGACGAUAUUUAUAGCUGAACAUUAUGCUCAACUUUUUUUCCCCUCUAACAUCCAAUAAAGCAUAGAGAUCAGUAACAUUUUGCUGCUGCCUGGGCUCUGCUGAUACGUGGAAAGUAUGAUACUACAUGUUUGCCAAGAUGUUCAUUCUUUUGUGAAAUAAAAGCACCGAGC